CGGGCGGGGCGGGGCGCGGCCUCGGGUUUCACGCCCUGCCCCGUGCGGGCAGAGGCGGGCGGUGGCGCGGCCGAGCGGGCCAUGGCGGAGAGCUCGGACUGGGUGGAGAUCAUCGAGCCCCGCUCCCAGGAGCGGAUGUAUGUCAACCUGGCCACCGGUGAAUGCGGCUGGGAGCCCCCCCCCAACCUGAAGGUGCGCCAGUCAGACCAGAAGCAGUGGUGGGAGCUCUUUGAUCACAACAACAACCGCUUCUACUACUACAAUGCCAUCACGCGGCAGACGGUGUGGCACCGGCCUCAGGGCUGCGACAUUGUGCCCCUGGCACAGCUCCAGGCUAUGAAGCGCUCUCAGCCUGACUGCCAGGGCCGGCAGCACCGGGGCAGCAGCGGCAGUGACAGCAGGAGCACCCCGGUCCCUGUAGCCCUGCUGCAGGAAAUGGAGAGGGCCAAAGGGGACUGCACCGCCGAGAAGAGGCUGGACACGGGCAGGGACUCUCCUACCCACUGGCAGCCUGUGCCAGGAACGAAAGCAGCCAUGUUGGUCAAAGUGAACAGUUUAAAGCAGGUACAAGGCUCUUCAAGCGCUUCCCUUCAGCUGCAGAGUGCUCCGGAGGCCAACAGCCAAAAAUCUCUUCCAAAACCAGCCAUAUAUGCUCAGCCUCAGUCUAUGUCCCAGAGCCCUGGAGCCGCAAAGCAAAUGCCUGCAGGAGAAGCAAAGCAGUCUAUGCAGAUCAAAAAGACGGAGAAUGGUGGGUUUUGCCUUGUGCUGAUGAAUGGUCCAACUUCUCCAACACCUCCAAGGAGCCAGACAGGAACUCCCCAGCCUGCAUCCCCCAAGUAUGCCUCCCCUGCACCUAUAUAUGAUGAGCCAUCUUUAGAGUCUCCAAUUUACGAUGAGCCACCAGUAGAUAUGGACACUGAAAGCAUGAGUAUGAGUGGGAUGUCACCACCAAGGUCACCGAGCAAUAGCUUAAAGAAGCAGCUGCAACCAACCAAACUAUUACAGCAUCCAAGUGUACAACAGCAGCAAGGUGCAAAGAAGCAUGCAAGAAAUCCUUCUUCCACUGAAUACAGCCCGGCUGGCAGAGAAUACAUAAAACACAUGGUCAACAUUGAUCAGUCUUCCAAACUCUCCCACUCUGCUGCUGCAACAGCUGAUGCUUCUACUAAACUGCCUGGUCAGCUUGCUUCAAAGGACAGCUUCAAGCAGUCUUGGAGGAUCUUGGAAGCCAAUGUCCUCAAGAGCAUAGAAGCCCACCACAGUCGACAGAGCAGCCUGCAAACUCAAGAGUACCAAACUGGUAUAAGCCAUCAGGACUCUGGUUACUCGACUGGCCCUUCUCCAAGUUUGAGAAAAAGGAAAGGAAGGAGGCAUGGGACAGGUCAGGGAAGACCUGGCUCUGUGGGCAGCAGCAGUGAGCUCACGGCUUUGAACGAUAAGCUGAUUGCUGAGAUGCGUGCUGUGGUGGGCAGGUCAGCAGCUUGCCGGGGAAGCAAAGCCAGCCUUGAUGCUGAAAGUCUGGAGGGUGGCAUCCCAGCAGAGAGCAGCAAAGUCAGAUUCCAUUCAGACCACUUGAAAAAAUGCAUCAACCGGAGCUCAAGGGAUGACGUCUCGGCUAGUAAUAGGUCUCUGUACAGACAGGGCAUGGAGAGCAGGGGCAGCUUUCCCAAUGAUGUGGCUGCUCCGCAGGACACAGUGAGGCAGAAGAGGACUUUUGAGAAAAUAGAUUCUUUAGAAAAGAACGUGACCAGCCAGACGAGUUUGUCUUCAUCAGGUGCUAUGCGUCGUUCUUCCCAGCCUGGGACAAUAGAGGUGGACCCCAAGCAGGAGAACAGCAGCCAGCCCGGUGGCUGCACAGGAUAUCAUUUCCCUUACAAUACUCUACGGAAGCCCAUCUCCCAGAGCAGCAUGGCAGACUGGGCUUCUAAAAACCUGAACAUGCACACUCAGGGCAUCUUCCGCCGAAGGAUCUCCAUCUCCAACAUGCUGUCAUGGAAUGGCAGCUCUAUCAAAAAACCGAUGCUCAUCACUAGCAACCGUGCCAAAAAAGAGGCGUGUGAGAUGUUCAAACUGGUGCAGAGCUACAUGGGAGAUCGCCAGACACGCAUGGACCGCAAUCACGUGGCAUUGGUCACGGUCACCAAGUGCUGGAGCAUGCAAGGUUUACGGGAUGAGCUCUACAUACAACUGAUCCGUCAGACAACAGAUAAUACAUGCUACCGAAGCCUGGCAUGGGGCUGGGAACUGAUGGCCAUCAGUCUGGCCUUUUUCUCCCCAUCACCCAAAUUCCAGUCUUACCUGGAAGGUUAUAUCUAUCGCCACCUUGACAGCGAUGAAAACAUUGCCCAGCGCAUCAAGGAGCUUGUGGAUCUGAAAAACAAGAAGAACUCAAAAUCCAGGAAAAAGAGGAAACAAAACAUGGAAGAGGAAGGUCUGCCCAUCAGCACGUAUGCCAAAUACUGCUACCGCAAACUCCAGAAAGUAGCCGUCACCGGAGGCAAAAAGGGCCUCCGUAAACCAACAGUAGAAGAGAUAACGCACGCCAGAAAUGCCAUCGUGACACCGUCACUCUUUGGCAGUUCUCUGGAGGAAAUUAUGCUGCGGCAGCAGGACAUGUAUCCGGGUCACAAGCUGCCGUGGGUGCAGACACAGCUGUCACAGCAGGUCCUGGCACUGGGAGGAGAACAGACAGAAGGGAUUUUCAGGAUACCUGGUGACAUAGACGAAGUCAACGCAUUGAAGUUGCAGGUGGAUCAGUGGAGAAUCCCAAGUGGCCUCAGUGACCCCAACAUCCCAGCCUCUCUCCUCAAGCUGUGGUAUCGGGAGCUGGAGGAGCCUGUGAUCCCCCAGCAGUUCUACAAAGAGUGUAUCAGUAACUACGAGAACCCUGACGCUGCCGUGGCUGUGGUGCAUCUUUUGCCGGAGCUCAACAGACUGGUGCUGUGUUACCUCAUACACUUUCUGCAGAUCUUUGCUCAGCCAUCAAAUGUGGGCAGAACGAAGAUGGACGUGAACAACCUGGCCAUGGUGAUGGCCCCUAACUGCCUGCGCUGUCAGUCUGACGACCCUCGCAUUAUCUUUGAGAACACACGCAAGGAAAUGUCCUUUCUUCGCAUGCUGAUAGUGCACUUGGACACCAGCUUCAUCAAAGGGCUGGUUUGAGGCACUGGCCCUGGGGUCCAGGACAUUGCCCUGGGGAGUCAUUGGGUGCCUGAAGUCUUCUCCUCUCUGCUUAGAUUUCUUCUGUUGUCCUUGCUGCUUUCACACCCCAGGUUAGCCCCUGAACGUCUCCCAACAUGUCCCUUCAAGGACAAGGACUAGACAUUCUUGAAAGGCUUGGGCAUUUCAGCAGCAGGACCUGGAAGUCCUUGGACAUGCCAGGCCAGUGUGUGUCAGAGGUGGGGAAGGCUUCCUCCUUGGAGCCACAGAACUGGCUGCAUUUUGAAAGGGCUGUGACAUCCAUGAGACAGCUGCCUGAGGCAGUGAGAUUCUCCAUCUCCCUUCCAGAGGAAGAGUUGGCUUCAGGUAGGAGGACAUCACUCCUAUAUUGUGGCACAAGCUGGUCCUGGGGGACAUAACUGCCUCACAGGGGAUAACUCCACUGCUAUGGAGCCAGCCUGGUUUACCUCUGCAGACUGUUGGUUUGAAGCGUGAGGGUGGUUCUGGCACCCCGUGGUGCUGUUGGUAGAUGGAUGUGAAGGUGCAGGGGGUUGGCUGAGUCAGAGGGAUUCCUGGGACUGCCCUGAUGAGUGGAAGCAUACUGCAGCCCAAGGAGAGACGUCUGAGCCUCUGCUGCUGGGUGGCCAGCCGGCCAGACAUCCUGUGCCUGGGAGCUCGGGCAGGCCAGCUCAGCACAGCAUCCACCUCGCCUUCUCCUUUAGGCAGUUUCAGAGCUGCACAGCAGUGUGGUCAGCCUGUGGGACCAGCCUUGCGUGGAGCUAAACCAGCACCACCCACACCAUGGGGCCUGGGGACAAGAGGAAGGCUGCAUACCUGGCCACCUACAGAUGCAACAGCCGUGUUGGCAUCCUCCUAAUGUGGGCCAUGUCCUCGAGGGGUAACCCCACCCAGCCUCGUAGCUCCUUUCUGCCAGGCCCUUGUUGCACGUGCCAUAUGAGCUGACACCAGUUUUCCUGAAGAACAGCUGAGAAUGUGCCAGUGGUGCUCAGAGCGGCCUCCGCGGCUCCAGCACCCCCUUUUCCUGGCACCAGGUCCUUCACAGACAGCUCUGCCCACCCUCUGGUUCAGCCCUGGUCCAAAGAAAACAGGGAAGACCACCAGUGGGAAGAAGUGCUCCUGUGCUGAGGUGUGCCCUUCCAGGCAGGGCAGCAGCAUUGCCUCUUGCCUGGAGUCAGCUGUGGCACCCGUGCUUUUCCCACCAUAUUCUCACUGGAUCUGCAGAGGGUAUAGGAAGGGAAGGGAAGAGGCAGGUCCAAACAGCUGAGGUGCAGUGGAGCCUGCCUAGGGUACUGUCAGGCUGGCAGCUCAGUGUCCUCUCUUUUGCUUUUAAACCCCCACAGCUCUCCAUGUGCCACCAAGAAGUGAGGCACAGCAAGGGGCAGCACAUAGAUUUCCCUGCAGCCUCCAGAUGCUGUUGCAUGUUCCUUAGCAAGCAGCAAUCUCUAAUUCUGUGGCAUCCUGGCAUUAUUCUUUUCAUUUGAAGUGUUUUCUGUGCUGGAGGCAGAUCUGCAGCAAAAAGCUGCAUGCUGGGAUCAUUCAUGCAAUGCUAAGUCUACUGGUAGCAUCCAAGGUUGCAUUUGCAUUUCUGCACCCCCUCCCUUUCAAGUGGGGACCUGGAAUCGCCCUCUUUGGAUUGCAGGAGCCAAGUGGGGAGCCAAGGAGCGAGGUUUCAAGCUGAUGUCUGAACCUGAACCAAAGGCAUGGACACAACGUGCCAUGUGCAGGGGGUGCCCUGAGUCUGUUUGGAUCUCUCUCUGUGAGUGGGGUUUCCAGGGCACAACUUUGCUCAGAGAGCUCCGCAGUGCAAAUCCAUUUAGUGCCCAAAUGAGCCGAGAGUCGUGGUCCCCCUUGUUAUACCAGAUGCUUCUGUGGUCCAGGAAACCUUGCUCCUUUGUCAGGAUUAGCUCUGUCAAACAUGCCAAAAAAUGUGCAAGGAUCUGCUUCACACACUCAUCCUGUCCGAGUGCUUCCAAGGAGUUCAGCUCUGUUUCGCCUUCCAAAGUGCUGAGCACCUUGUGCUUCAGAUUUGGGGCCACAUUCAGAGAAACACAGAGACAGGCAGGCAGUUACCAGCUUUGCCAUGUUUUGCCAAAAUUUGAACCGUUGAACAGGUUCAGGGUGCCACAUCCUGGCCCCAUGAGGGCUGGAGCAGCCAUGUGCUUGCCCCCUUCUUUGGGCUGCAGAUGCGUGUGUCUGCAGCCAGCCACCAGACUGGUGAUCCAUGUUAUUCCUUGCACUUAGCUGUAGCAGGCAAUCAAACCAUAGGCAUUUGCUGCUAUUACAAAUGAAUGCUUCUUGCCAGGGCUGUAAAAUAGGCUAAUAAAUUACACUGGAUAUUA